CGGGCGCGCAGCGCGACCGUAAAGGCGCGCAAUCCUGCACAGCCGCCGGCUGCCCUUGCAUCAUAAGAAGCGCGGAGUAGCACGUCAUCGCUGCACCACACGCGCAAACGAUGCAGCGGCUUAACGGAUAAGCAUAAACACCAAAGCCAAGUGACCCGCUGGGCCAACAGCAUAAAGAAAUGCCGCGGCGCGUCGCGAAAGUCGCGCCGUCCGGCUGGACCUACGUCCGCAGCGCCCUCGCUGAUUUAGCGGAAGAAGGACGCCGCCAGGACCUCAGUAGUUCAUUAGCGCAGCUCGCGCGCACAAGGCAGCUGCCGCCCUUAACAAACGCACCGGUGCACAAUCCCUUGGAUGAGGAGAGCGACGCGACACCAAGAGCUCAGGGCCCCGGCAGCGUCGCGCGGCACCGGGCCUUCGUGAAGACGGUGGAGAAGGAACACAGUAAAAGAAAAGAGGCCUACGCGAAAACGAGAGAAAAUGUGCUAAAGAGCACGCCCUCGAAGUCGACGCGGCGUCGCAUAGAACGCGAUUUGGAUCGCGCAGAGGCGGCAGCCGAGCGCGAGACGCUUGCUACAUUAGCGCACGCGCACCAGGAGCUACACGACGAGCUCGCCGCAGAAGAAACGCCGAGGACGCCGCGGCACGACGGCGAGGCUGCUCAUCAAGCUGCACAAUCCGCCUUGAGGGAGAGCCACCGCAAGGAGGCUCAUCAAUCUCUCGAACUCGUAAGGGAGGCCGUGCGCCAGCACGACGAGCAGGCGCCGCCUCCUCUGACCCUCGAUACCUCGUCCUCGUCUGAUGAACAUACAGAGCCACCGAUUUCCCCUUAUAGGGAGGAGUGCAAGGAGGCGCCCGCCGAGGACGCCUACGAGCCCUACCGGGCGAAGCUCGACGGCACGCAGACGCCGGCGCAGUACGUGCGCGAGCGCCAGCCGGCCAUCGUAGUGUUGGGUGCGAUGGGCGCCGCACUUUGCUUAUGUGGUGGGGCGCUCGGCGCGUCGGGCGCCUGGCGCUACGGGCGGUCGAACCUGGCGCUCUUCCUCGCGCCCACGUUGCUAGGUUUUGCGCACGCUCUCGUCGGCGCCGUUUGCGUCGUCGCGUGCCUCCGGGUCCGGCGGGACCUCGAGGCCUAUUUCGAGCCGAGACCCGUCGCGCACGCGCACCAGCAGCUCGCGGAGGAGACCCCGCUCCGCCGCCUGAUCCGCCUGGACGAGGCGCGGCGCGCCUUGAAGGAAGGUGGGACGUCCCUCGAGGUCGCGCGCGCGGUCAACGAAGAGGGCAAGUGCGUCGAGGCGCCCGCGGACACGCCGGGCCAGCGCCUGCUCGAGUGCUGCCUUUAUGUCUGGUUGUUCCUCGCCAUCCUAUGCUUGGGCUGCGGCGCUGGUUUGAUAGCCAACCGGCGGCUGGGUGAGACGCACGCGGCGAACCUCGCGGAACGACGGCCCGGGCGCUUCGCCGAGUACUUUGAUGGUGAGGAAGGCGCCGCCGGCCGGGAAUUAAUGAAUUGGCUCCUAGGACAUGGGAUCUCACUGUUGGUCCUCGCCGUACUCGGCUUACUGCCUCUAUUGCCAACCAUAAAAAUCAUCACGGUCUACGAGACCGUGCAGAGCGGCCUCGAGUGGGGCGGUGCGUUCCUCAGUAUCCUUGCGAUGGCGUGCGCCGUCAUUACCAGUCUCACGCUGCGUUACAAAGACGCGGUGGACGGCGCGGCGUUCGCGGCGCCUUCUGAUGGUGCGCUCUGGGCCUCGGUCAUUAUAUCGGCGAUCGCCGCCUUCUCUGGUACCGUCGCGUGGCGGGGCGGUUACACCGAGAACGUUCGACUAUUAGCCCUCUUCGAGGGGAUGGGCGUCUUCCUCGUCCCGUCCAUACUCAUCGCCUUCGCCCUCAUGGUCGCCGCCGUCGCGCGCUUGCCACCGCUUAUUGAGAGGCGCUGCGACGACGUCGUGCAACUAUUAGGCGAGGACUGGUGGGAUGCGGUGCUCGGCUGUCGCAAGUACGCGUCCGACGCGCGGCGGCAUUCUUCCUAUGUAAGAGGCGCGGGCGAAGGCUGGUCCGUGACGUGCGACGACGCAUCGUCCAAUGUGUUCGCCUGGGAAUAUGACGACGAGCAGGGGAGUUGUGGCUGCAAGGUUGAUUAUUAUGGGUGUCUCAACUCAAGGCCCUGUUGCAACUCCCUGAAGGUAUUAAUCGAGACGAACUGGUUCUUCCUCGUCUACGGCGGGUUAGUCGUGCUGAUUCUUUUGAUGGGCUUAGUCAAGGCGUCCCACUACGUCCGCACGAAGAUCGUCGAUGGUUGGGACCGCAAACGUAUUUUACAUCAUCGGAACAGCUCCGUGAGCGGGUCCCUCGCCCUGUCGUUUGGCGUGGCCCUCGUCGUGAUUGGGCUGUCCGUGCUCCUCGCUUCUACGGGAAAGCGGGUCCCGCCGAACGAAGCGCGAGGCGUGCUGACCUGCGACUACGCGCCCUUCGAGAACGCCACUUUACUAGAUAGGCUCCCUCCAACGGAUCUGGUGGACGAAGGCAACGACAGGGUUUUACUAGAACCGAUCACGGAGUUCUGGCCCUACCCCACGCCGGCUCCCUCCGUGUCGCCGUAUCCUACGACAUCCCAGCCUUCGCCGGAACCAUCAUUCCUACCGUCGCCGAUGCCGUCCUCGAUACCGUCGACGGCGCGUCCGUCGACGGCGGCGCCGUCCUCUUCACCAAGCUCGUCGCCGCCUUCCUUGAAACCAUCGCCGGCGCCCUCGCGCCUGCCGUCGCCGAGACCCACCGCGCAUCCUUCUGCGGCGCCGUCGCGCGCGCCGUCCCUCGUGCCGACCUCGGCGCCGACGUCCAUGCCGGUGCCGGCGCCGACGCCGCUUCCCUCGACUUCCACGCCGUCCGCCGUGCCGUCGUCGCGGCCGACGCCGCUGCCGACGCCCGCGACGCCCGCGCCGUCCUACGCCCCGAAGCCGCUGCCCACGUCCCGUCCGACGACCGGCGCGCCGAGCUACGCCCCGUCGGCGGUCCCCACGUCCCUGCCGACGCCUGUGCCCGCGCCGCGCCCGACCGUGAACAACGUCAUGACCGACGGCAACAUCAGAACGGCCGUCGCGGCGUGGCUCGCGGACGCGGCCGCCGCCGAGGCGUUAUAUGGCCACAUUUCGACGUGGGGGACCAGCGCGGUGACGGACAUGGAGGCUCUCUUCGCCCAUGCCGCCUCCUUCAACGACGACAUUAGCGCGUGGGAUACCUCUAGCGUCACGACGAUGUAUGAGAUGUUCUGGGGCGCCUCGUCGUUCAACCGACCGAUCGGCGGCUGGCAAGUCGACAAGGUCACGACGAUGGAAUUCAUGUUCGAAGACGCCUCGGCCUUCGACCAGCCCAUCGGCGCAUGGGAUACCUCUAGCGUCACUACGACGCACUACAUGUUCGUCGGCGCCUCGUCUUUCAAUCAGGACCUCGGCGCGUGGAAUGUCUCUAGCGUCGUGACGAUGUAUGAUAUGUUCUUCGACGCCCCGUCAUUCAACGGGGACAUCGGCGCGUGGGAUGUCUCUGGCGUGACGUCGAUGAAGUACAUGUUCGACGACGCCUACGCGUUCAACCGACCGAUCGGCGGCUGGGACGUUUCCAACGUCGAGGACAUGUACGGAAUGUUCGAGGACGCCUUCGCGUUCAACCAGGCCAUCGGCGCGUGGGAUACCUCGGGCGUGACGACGCUCGAGGACAUGUUCUUGGGGGCGCGAUCCUUCAAUCAGUCGCUCAAUGAUUGGGACAUUUCCAGCGUCACGGACAUGUCUUGGAUGUUCCAAGACGCCUCGGCGUUCAACAAACCGCUAGACGCCUGGAACCCCGCCAGCGUCACGGCCAUGGACGGCAUGUUCCACAACGCUACGUCGUUCAACCAGCCGUUGAGUGAAUGGAGCUUUCCCAGCGUCACGCGGAUGCACUCGAUGUUCCGCUACGCCAAGGCGUUCGACCAGGACCUCGGCUGGUGCGUGGACGCCGACAUGGUCCUGGCGAUAAACGACCAGCCCGACGACGUGAGCAGCCUGUUCUACGAGACGCCGUGCGCGGCGACGUCGUGCGGCGUCACGCAAGAUGGCUGCACGGGCUACGCCAUGGACGACACCACCAUCCGCACGGCCGUCGCGGCGUGGCUCGCGGACGCGGCGGCCGCCGAGGCGACGUACGGCCACAUUUCGACGUGGGUGACCAGCGCGGUGACGGACAUGGAGGCUCUCUUCGCCCAUGCCGCCUCCUUCAACGACGACAUUAGCGCGUGGGAUACCUCUAGCGUCACGACGAUGUAUGAUAUGUUCUUCGGCGCCUCGUCGUUCAACCGAGACAUCGGCAAAUGGCGGGUCGAGAGCGUCACGGAUAUGAGAUAUAUGUUCGAAGACGCCUUCGCGUUCAACCGGCCGAUCGGCAACUGGGACGUUUCCAACGUCAAGGACAUGUACGGGAUGUUCGACUGGGCCUUCGCGUUCAACCAGGCCAUCGGCGCGUGGGACGUCUCCGGCGUGACGCGGCUAGAGGAGAUGUUCGAGGGUGCACGAUCCUUCAACCAGUCGCUCAAUGAUUGGGACAUCUCCAACGUCGGGGACAUGUCUUGGAUGUUCGCAGACGCAAUAAAAUUCAACAGACCGCUAGACGCCUGGAACCUCGCCAGCGUCACGGCCAUGGACGGGAUGUUCAAAAACGCCACGAAAUUCAACCAGCCGCUCAGCGCCUGGAGCUUUCCCAGCGUCACGCGGAUGCACUCGAUGUUCCAAUUCGCCAAGGCGUUCGACCAGUACCUCGGCUGGUGCGUCGACGCCGACAUGGUCCUGACGAUCGACGACGACGACGACGGGUUUCCCGACCACGUGAGCAGCCUGUUCUACGAGACGCCGUGCGCCGCGACGGCUUGCGGCGUCGCGCAAGAGGACGCGAACGGGACUUGCCCGGCGCCCACGGCCCUGCCGACGUCGCUUCCGACGGCACAACCGUCGUCGACGCCGACGGCGCCCUCGCCGCGGCCGUCGUCCCACCCGUCCGUGAGUCCUAGCUUGCGACCGACGCCCGCGCCUUCGGUAAGACCGACGCCCGCGCCUUCGGUAACGCCGACGCCCGCGCCCACGACGCCGCAGCCGUCGUCGACGCCGACGACGAGCGCCCCCUCGAACGGCUGCGUCAUGGCGCUGCACCAGUUCCUGCAACCCCUGAGCUGCGAGGGCUGCGCGCGCUGGAUCGAUCAGCCGGCGGACGACAAUUGUAUAAGGGAGCUCGACGGCGUCGCGACGUGCCAGAGUAAAGCCGCGGCGAUCGCGGCGGUCCCCGGCUGGGGCGCCGACACCUGCCCGACGGGCUGGACGGGCUGCAGCACCGAUGUUUUUGACGUCGCGGCGACGUCGGGCGCGUGCAAGACGUACGAAAACGUCGUCGUUUUGCAGAGUGACGAGAGGGCCAAGGACUGCGACGUCGUCGUGCGGGCGUCCGUCGACGGCUUCGGGUCCUUGACCUUCUCGGAUAAUUCCCUGGUCACCUCGUCCUCUUAUGCGAACGGCACCUCUUAGUACAAACUGCGGGCGCGGCCGACGCGGUGGCGCAAGCGCUCGCGACCUUCGAGUUCUGCCCCGGGUGCGUCGACGGGACGCGCGUUGACGUUUUCAUUGGAUGGCGUAAGUUGCGGCAUCUGCACCGUGGCGGGCGUGAGCCAUGAUCUGAAAAUCAAGGCGACGACGCAGCUCACGCACGUGUUUCAUGGGAGAGUCGUCAAGGCGGGCUGCGGGGGCGACUGCUGGGCGGCGGGCGUGAGCGACGCUUCGGUGUCGGUCGGCGCGCCGGGUGCGCCUACGCGGACGCCGUCACUACAAAAACCGACGGCGCCUACGCCAUCGAGGUGCCCUACGACGUCCGCCAGCACGGGAGCACGGCCUCAUUAUCGUUCUCCAAGGAGGGCUACUCGACGUACACGAAGAGCGUCGUCCUCGGCGCCACCGCCCUCCCUACGUCUUCGGGCUACUACUGGGCCUCGUCGUCCAACAGUUCGAUCGGGGACCACUGCGCGGACGGCACGACGCACGCGCCCGUCUCCGCGUUAUAUUGUGCGGCGCACGGCGUGGACCUCUGCGCGAUCUACGCGGCGAAGUACUCGGCGUCGUCGACGUGCCAGUGCUGGGCCGGCGCGCGCAUCUAUGGGGGCGGCUACGGGACCUGCUCCGGGCUUCCCGCGGCGACGGGCGCGGAGCUCCGCGUCGACGCGUACGAAGGCGUGCCCUGCGCCUGCGACCAACCGGUCUCGGCGCACGUUGUGGGGGCCGCCUAUCUAAGCUCGGCGACGCUGCCCCCUUCGACAUCACCUCCCUCGACCGCCUCUCCGACGACGCCGCAGCCCUCAGCGCAGCCGUCCGUGCGGCCGACACCGGCACCGAGUCCAGCGCCGAGCGUGACCCCGACGCCGCGGCCAUCGUCCAUCCCGACGUCCGCGCCGUCUCUUGCGCCGACGGCGCUUCCGGUGCCGGCGCCGACGCUGACGCCGACCUCGGCCCCGACGCUUGCGCCGACGCCAUCGCCGGCGUCGUCGGCGCCGACCGCCGCGCCCUCGCUCAAGCCGUCGUAUGCGCCCUCCUACGUCCCGACGACGGCGGCGCCGACGCCCAAGGUGCCAACUCCGCGCCCGACUCGCGCGCCGACGACCGCCGGACCGACGUCUGCGAGUCCUACGCACGCGCCGUCGCCGCUGCCUUCGGUCGCUCCUACGAAUCUGCCAUCGUCAAAUCCGACCCUGGCUCCGUCGCCGCUGCCGACCACACCGCCGUCGCCGAUGCCGUCGACACUGCCACCUACGUCGCCCGCGCCGUCAUUGACGCCGACGUCGCUGCCUACGACCCAACCGUCGCCGCCGCCGACGGCGCCGCCGUCGUUGGCGCCGACGCUGUCCACGGCGCCGACGGCCGCGCCGACAUCGAAACCUUCCACACCGCAACCUACCACGAGCAUGCCUACGACGCCCGUUGCGUCCGCGACGGCCACUGUCGUGUGUCUAUCUGCCGGUACGCGCAAAGGGGGCCUCGAGUCCGUCAGCGGGACGUGUGGUCUCGACCUCGUCGACGGCUCCAGCUUAGUCGUUGUGGAUACGGCGGCGUCGGGCGCCGCUUCGCCGUGGUGCGAGCGCCGCUGACGCUUCAUUCUUUGGCACUGUCCCGGACGGCGCCUUCGUCGAAGCGACUUGCGAUGGUGCUUGCGCGGGUACGACAAAAGCGACGCUCGCGCACCCGGGCACGGCGCUGCUACCCUUGACCGGCCAGCUGGCGGCCGACGAAGUUGUCGUCGCGCUCGUGUGGGCGACGGCCGGCACGGACCUUGAUUUGCGCCUAGGCUUUCGAGCCGACGACGACGAGCGGUGCUUGGUGAGCGCGGGCAGGCCGAACUGUGGCGACGCGACCCACACCAUUGCCGGUGAAGGUCUUGAGUUUAUCUCUAUCAAGCCCUUUCGGGCCACUGACUACCACGUUUGGAUUCAUGGGAACGUCGAGGCCGCCCAAGCGUAUGUGUACGUCUUCGACGCGGGAGGCCUCGUCUCCGUCAAGGCCGCGGCGCCGCCAGUCUGCGGCGCGACGACGGCGGCCGAGGCCGCGACUCAAUGCGUUUACUACGACGAUCCAGCCUUCGUGAACGCUGAGUCCGGGAAAGCUAUCUGGGCCGCACCGGAGGCGAACAGACUGCUGGGCGAGCACACGGAGGCGCUCUGCCUCGAGGGCCUCGGUCUCGGAAGUGUCGUCAAGCCGCUCGUCGUGGAGCGGCAGCGCCACUACACCGCGGAGGCCUUUGACACGGCGCAGCUCGUGGAUAGUUGCUCGCCCCUCGUGAGUGCGAAACCGCGGACGAGCGCCGUCUGGCACUGCUCCGCAAUCAUCGAGCGCGGCGUCUUCCGGUGCCCGGGGCGAUGCGCCGCCACAUGGUCUUCUGCGACGCUGGUUACGAAUGUAAUCCGGCCGCGGCGCUGGACGCCGCCGUGACGGACGCGCCGCCGUCGCGCUGCGCCAUGUGCGUCGCGCCGCCGACGCCCGCGCCGACGCUGCAGCCCAUCGCCCUGA